AUGAUCGCUAAACAAGUUCGUUUCCUCAGCAGAAAUGUCCAAGGAUUGAGAUGUUUCUCGUCCUUCCAAGGUCGCUCUCUUUUGGAGACUUUGGAGCUUGUCAAGGAAGGAAAAUUGGACCCUGUCGAAGCCGAAAAGAUGCUUAAGACUGCCACCAAGACUAGUAGAACACCUGAAGAGACUCUUGCGGCAUUUGCCAAUCUUGAUCACACCCGAACCCAACGAACUGGGUUCCCAGAAGCUGUUUUUGCAGAAGGAAAGACUCCGUAUCAAGUGUCAAAAAUUCUCGACGACUUUGCUCGAAACCUGAAUGAACGAAUUGAAAAUGCUGAAGCCUUUCCAAAUGCCAGCCAAAGAGCAAUUUUGGCAACACGUGUAUCCCCAGAUCAAUUCAAAGAAAUGCAGGAAAUCCCAUUGGAGCACGGUACUAUUGAAUAUGACCAAAUGUCUAGAAUUAUUACAAUGGGUGCUUCAGGCUUGAAAGAUCUACCAAUCACAAACGAAGACAAGCUUGCCAAGAAGAUUGUUGUCGCAACAGCUGGCACAACUGAUCUUCCAGUUGCAGAGGAAGCGGCAGUGACAUUGGAGGCAGCAAAUGUUGAGGUGGAUAGGGUCUAUGACUGUGGUGUUGCUGGCCUCCACCGAAUUAUCAAUAACCUACCGCGACUACAAGAUCCUCAAGUGGGGUGUAUCAUCGUCUGUGCUGGUAUGGAUGGAGCAUUGCCCAGUGUCGUCGGAGGACUCGCUAGCGUCCCUGUGAUUGCGUGUCCUACUUCUAUUGGCUAUGGGAUCAGUCUCAGCGGUAUCAGCGCUAUGCUUACGAUGCUGAAUAGUUGUAGUCCAGGGGUAGGUGUUGUCAAUAUUGACAAUGGAUUUGGCGCUGCUGCCCUAGCAUACAAAUGUAUCCUUCCUUAA